GUUAUUACAGACCAUGAAAUUGCAAAUUUCGUUUCAUUAUGGCGCAGCGUAUUGAACUUCAGUAUGAAGAUCAGGGGAGUGGCGAUAGAGUCUUCCCGCUCAGCUUCCUCGACACCUACUUCAUGCCUGUUGAUGUGGUCCUCGUCAUUAACGGUACCUUGGACAAGGAUCAACUGCGAACAUCACUGUCAAAGACCCUGUCACUGUUCCCGCCUGUGUACGGGCGCUUCAGAAGACCCUCUGCAGCUACACGCGGAGAGCUCUCGCUGAACCUCUACCACCCCGUUCCCCUAUACUUGCAGAAAGACCAUCAAGGGGCAUACUAUCCUUCUAUUUGGAAGAGGUUCAUCUAUCGCAUCACGACUAAGAAAGUCCUGAAUGGCCAAGCUCCUCUGUUACAGAUCACCGUCACAUACUUGCCUCACACCUCUCAGACAGUCUUGGGGGUGAGCUUCUGCCACGUCCUUGGAGAUGCCUUGUCACUAUACCAUCUUCUAAAGGCAUGGCAUGAUAUACAUACUCAAGAGACACUAUCGAUAUCUCCCCACGUCGCUGAGAGGAUCCGCUUCAAGUCUCCCUCGAAAGCGGUAUUGUUGGAAGAUAUACCCCGACGUCUUCCCCGGCGAUCACAGCUAUUCUCCCCCACAGUGAUGAGCAAGAUCAAAGCCUAUGCCCCACUGGUUCACACGAUAGUGUUCAAGACCCUGGAAUAUGCAAGAUUUGAUGUCUCGGCAGAAGAUCUCAGUAUCCUUGUUCAGAAAGCACGGGCUCGGUUACACCCGGCGACAUGCUCAACACAAGAUGCAUUCAAAGCCUACUUACUCAAGGCGCUGAACCGCUUUGUGUACAACGGGCUCAUGCCGCAUCCGCGUGUUACGCGAAUUGUCACCAUAGUAGAUGCACGAAAGGCUAGAAACAUGCCUAGGGAGUAUUUCGGUAAUUGUAUCACAGCUGUUGAUACGCCAUAUUUGCCAGCGUCUAAGAAUCUGAGCGAAGUGGCAUUUGCAGUUCGCGAAGGAGUCACUGGGCUGACGCCAGAGAAAUUGGCCAAGGGGGAUGAGUGGAUUCAGUCUAUUCAAGCUGUGAACGGGCUCAUGGAUUUGGCGCCCGCAUUUGACCCUGAUACUUUGUAUGUAGAUGAUUGGACUAAGGUUUCUAUGGAGGAGAUAAAUUUCGGACAGGAGCAGCAUAUGUUCUGCCAGCCCUUGGAAAUGGAGGCUUUGCCUGUCCGAAAUUGGUGCAUGAUUUACAAGGCAAAGGCGGCUAAUGAUGCAGGCGAUGCGAGGAGACUGGGAUACCAGGUACAAGUCUCGGUGCCAAAGGGACAGGUAGCUGAGCUCAUGAAAGGCAUAGUCACGGAUCUGCAGGAGGGAUUUGAUGAGUACUUUUGGUAGGUAGCGGCAAUCUAGGUACAGAAUUGACGCGUCGCAUUCUGGGAGAAA